AUAAUUUUGAAUAUUUAAAAAUGUGAGUGGAACUUCCAUGAACAAAAGGAGGGUGUUGCUUCUACACCUAUUUCCACAUGAUCUAUGAUGCGGUCUUUGUCAGCUUCUUUGUAUGGAUCCAGUACACAAUAGCAAGAGAUUGGAUAUACUGGGAUAAUGCUAGGCAUAAGUACCAUUCCUUUAUAACUCUUGAUUACAUAUUUGUGUACUUGUCAUUUAGAUUCGCAGCAUUUAACCUUAAAGAUCUACUCUAUGAAAGCAGAGGAGGAGUCUGGCUCUGCUCCUUCUUUGCAGGAAUCCUUGGUAUCUGGGGAUUAGUCAAGUACAUCAAAUAUGGAGCUAGUGCUAAGCUAAAUCUACUUAUUAUUAUUUUGAUAAUCCUAUCACUGAUCCUUCUCCUUGUAUUUAUCUUUUUGUCUGUGUUCUGGCUCUGAUUUGAUAAGUCAGAUAAAGAUGCUGAGAAACAGAAAUUGAGGGAUGGAGUGAUGAGCGAUCAGUUCAGAAGGUAUGGUGAUGCUCCUAAAGCUAAUAAAAUUCCUAGCUCCCCUACGAAGACGGAUGAUAUUUUAUAAAACUUUCAAUAUC